UAAAAUACCAAUGUCGCUUAGCAUUCUAGCCAUUAGCCAGCAUCUCAUGUUUAUCCAUCCAGUUUCUCUUUAAAACAACUCAACAGCAUUGUCCAAAAACAAAACAAAGACCAUAUUUUGUUGGUCAUUCAGCAGUUGAUGAAUCCUCCGAUGUGCCUGAGAUGAUGAAUGGAAACCUUUGCUCAGCUGCGUGGAGAUGACCUGCCAGCCUUCUGGGAAUGGUCAGAAUGGGGCCAGAUGUGCCCCUUCUUAAUGAGUACAAGCAGGAGUUCUUCUGGAAGCGCUUUCCCCAAACAGUUUUGGGUGGUCCACGCUUCAAGUUGGGCUACUGUGCCCCACCAUAUGUAUAUGUCAAUCAAGCAGUCUUGUUCUUGACACCAUGGCUUUUUGGGGGCGUUGGCACCCUGCUCUGCCAGCUGCAGGUACUUCAGGAGUUCCAUGCCGCUGUGCUUGCUGGUAUGCUCAUGUUCACGGCUGCCGCGGGUGUCCAGGCCCUGGCACAGUAUGCAGUUCGAAAGAGUGGUACAGUGGAGAGACUUGGUGCCCCCAACAUCCUGGCUGAUGAAGAAGAAGUCGAAUUUACCCAUUGUGUCAGCCCGGAAACAGUUCGAUUCAUUGCUCCAGGGAAGCGUUUUGGUAUCAAUGUGGUGCUGCAUACAGUACUGGCAGGAGUUCUCUGUGGCUUUGGGACAUGGUAUGUGUUCCUGGGUAGACUGACCGCUCUCUAUGGCAGCAUUGGCAUAUCUCUGGUCGUAUUUGUCCUUAGUUGGGUAACUCUUUGCAUAGCUGAGUAUUCCUUGAUUGUUAAUACGGCUACAGAGACGGCCACAUUCCAGGCACAGGACACUUAUGAGAUCACCCCACUCAUCCGGCCUCUCUACAUUUUUGUUUUCAUCGCUGUGGACCUGGCUAAUCGGUUCUCAAACUCUGUCCCUGAGCUCCAACUGGCCAGCCAGACUCUCCAUGUGCUGUUCCUCUUCCUACCUCUGCUGUGGGCACUAGGUAUACUACCUCCCUUAGAUGCCCUGCUUCUCUGGGGCAUGGAGCAGGCUCUUGUGUUUGGCUUAGGAGGUUCACCUAUGUCUAGCAACUUCAGGCUGCUGUUGAUGUUUUGUUUAUCCACCGGCGUAGCUGUAUGUAAUUACUUCAUCCCCUCAACUCUGGGUGUGGUUCUGUUCUCCGUCUCUACGGGAUUUCUGUUGAGUCUGGACCUUAGCCAGGUUGACACAGUCUGCAGAGGUUCCAACGCAGCCUUCAGGGACUUUGGACUGUACAGAGGAGGGUCACCACCCCCCCCUCCCAGUUCCUUUGGGUGGAUUUUAGGUGGAAGGGAACUACUGGUGUAUUCAAGUCUUCUACUUGUGGCAAUGGCAGAGGCAGGACUUUUGCAUCACUUCCUUGGUUCUGCUCAGUCCCAGAGCUUGGUUGCAGCACUCCAAAGUCCUUUAAGCUACCUUCUUCUUGUAGUCUUCUGCCUCUGCUGGGCUCUAAAGGAGAUCCAGGGGGCGUAUGUACUUGGAGGGGUGUUCCUAAAUCCUCUUUACCCUAAAGGCAUGUCCAGUGUGCAAACGUUCAAGCAAAAGAGCAAAGGAUUGUACAUGGCGGCCACAGUCAGAAGAGCCCUGCUUUAUCUUGUUUCUCCAUUUGCAAUGACGGCUUUCCUCUCGAUGGACAAAUCUCUACAGUUGCUCGACAGGGUCUCGGUCAGCGUCGGAUUCACACGAGCCUUUAGAGUGGUGUGGCAGAGUUCAGAAGAUGCCCUGCUCCAGAUGGCAGUGGUGGUCUUAGUGCAGCUUGUUGCUGGAAACAAUACACUACCAGGGUGGAGCCACUUGGGAACAGGCAUUCAGCUUCUUCUGGUGGGCCUCUUAAUUGACAGAUUGAGCCAGUUUCUGGCCAAACUAAAGUUCACCCUUACCGUGUUGGUGACAUCUUGGACAGAGAAGAAACAGCGUCGUCAGUCAGCCGGAACUCUCCUGGCCCUGAACGCAUCACUGUCCCCGCUGCUGCUGGCAAUGGUGACCCUUUCUGCCCUGCUCUCUGCCCCUUUGCUGCCCCUGUUCACUCUGCCUAUCUUCCUUGUGGGGUUUCCCAGGCCUCAGCGUAGUUGGCCUGGCCCAGUGGGCACCGCCUGUCCCUGUCCAGAUUCAAUCUUCUAUCAGCAAAUGAGUGGAAGCCUGGCAUCUGCACUGAGGAUGGCCUUUGCAAGAGGGUCACUUGGUUCUUUAGCCCCAGGCUCUCAUUUUCUUGGGCGCUUUCAGGACCGUAUGGUUUGGAUAAUGAUCCUGGAGAGAGGAUACGGCUACUGCACUGUCAACAUCAAGGGUCUAGAGCUGCAGGAGACAUCUUGCCACACGGUGGAGGCACGGAGGGUGGAUGAGGUCUUUGAGGCCGCCUUUGAGCGCCCCGAGAGGCUCGACUUUACUCAGGGCUUCAACCUAUACUGGGCCAACGCCCUCACACCUUGUGCUGCGCUGGCUGUGCGAGCCUACUCUGACGCCCGCAACGUGCUCUCUGGUAUCAUUGACUCUCAUGAAAACUUGAGGAAACUUCAGGAUGACUUCAUGAAAGCCCUGAUCUGGUUGCUCCUUAAAUAUUGUGUCCAGAGGCAUAAAGGAUUUCAUUGGAGCAAUGAAGAGGGGUCUGGAAUUGGAGGCAUGAAAUCCCAAUCUUCCCAGUUAGCCCACACUACUUGUAACCAUCCACCCGAGGCUGUCGUUGUAGAAUCCAAUGUCUCUUCUUUCAGGUUCAGACAGGACAGCUCCAGUUUGACUUCUUUUGGUGACUGGUCAGAUGAAGAUGACUUAUUUGGACCACAAGCAACCAGACGGACUGUGGCGUUAGUGACCGCAGAAGUUCAACCUGGACACUCAGCACUGCAGACGGGGAACUCUCUGCCUGGCUCUGUUGAAAUGGACAGUCUUUAUGAAAACAUGGCUCUCUCCGCCCUGCAGCCGCUGCAGCCUCUGGGACUGGGCAUUGGGAUGCCAGCUGUAGAUAAAGGCCGAAACCCAGAGGUCUUCAAAGAGAGCCCUUAUCUGAAUUUCAGCUGCCCCCACUCUGAGGUAUUUAACCUACCGCCAGGGUGGAGGUCAGCGCCAUUCCUCCCAUCCCGUUUGCUUUCACUUAGACCUUUAUUUCCUGAAGAAUGGUUUCAGUUUACCUUGGGCCAGUUUGGACUUGCUGUGCAAGGGGAAGCAGAGGACAUAAACAAAUCUCUGAAGGAGGAUGAGGUUCUGAAAGAACUGCAUGUAAAGGUUGCACUUUCAUGUCUUAUCUCACUUGGGGCAGAGUCGGCCUUCACCAGUCCUAGUUACAUCUACAGGGUCUACUGUGGAGACAUACCAUGGACAGAAGGACUUGACUGGCUGGCCUCAAGUAAAGACCUUUACCAGCUCACACUUAAGGCAUUCAGGUUCAGUUUCAAGCUGUUGUUUGAUCAGGCAAGCCUUGGACCAAUGGAGUCCCACGAGGAGUUGUUCAGCACUUUAGAGGACUAUGAAAGGGACUGGUAUAUCGGCCUGGUGACGGAAAAAGGCUGGCGUGACAGUGUCCUUCAGGAGAAACCCUUCCUGUUCUCUCUAGGACAUGACCUCACUAUGGGUACCUACACAGGGCGUGUCCUCUCCCUUCAGGAGCAGCUGGUACAGGUGGGCCGUCUGAACGGAGAGGGGGUUCGUGGCCAGUGGGCAAACCUUUCCUGGGAACUCUUGUAUGCUACAAACGAUGAUGAAGAGCGGUACAGCAUCCAAGCUCAUCCCUUCAUGCUUCGAAACCUAACUGUUCAGGCAGCCGAUCCCCCGCUAGGGUACCCCAUUUACUCCUCUGCCCCCCUUCAUUUCCCCUGCCUCUGACCUGUGGUCCCAUCUCACUCCCCACUCUGAAGAGGGAAGCGUUUUACGGUGGGUCAGUUUUCAAGGUUUAAAAGCAUAUUUGUGUCAAAACCUGAGAACAUUUUAAAGAAAGCCUGUCAGUUUUUGUUUUACUUCCUAAACCGUGGACCCAAAAGUAGUGCCAACUUGCUUUCUUUCACAGUAAUUGAACUUCUCGGUGCUUCAUUUCUCUUACCGUGGAGGAAGGAGUUGUGGCCUCCCCACUUUUAACCCAUACAAAACUGUCAAUGUGUACCUCUUGCUCAAACAAAACAUGAAAAAAAAAACGUAACCAAUAAUGGGUCCCCAUUCAAGUUUAUUAAUAAUCGGGCUUAAACAAAAAUUAAAAGUUAGCUACCUUCCCUCUAGAAAAAGAAUAUGUUGUAUACCUCUGGUUUUAUUGUACUUUUUAGACUUCAUGAUAUUCGCGUAAUGUUUUCUCCCUCCAUAUCUAUUAAAAAAGGGAUAAAGGAUGUGCCUUUUGGUAUGUUUUACUGGACGUAUAUGCUGUUUGUGGUAUUGUUUUGUUUACAAUCAACUUGUUUACUGUUUAGAAAAGAAAUUGUUCAAUUUAUCCACAAUUUUAUUGUACAUAAUGUUCAUUUUUAUAUGUGUUACUGGUUAAACUUGUAAUAAAAUAAU